AGACACUGCACAAUCAUUUCCUUGAGACGCUAUGAAUUUGAUCUCUAAUGCUUUGUGAUGAGACAUAAAUAUUAUAAACAAUACAAUACAAUCACAGCAUUCCCUAUGCUGGUGAUGAGCUAGCCGACUCUAAAGGGCCGCAUCCUGGUGAGGGAGGAGGCUCUUGAGAACUUCCCUUACCGCAUACGAAAUGAAUAGAGCCUUUGCGGAAAGCAACAAUUGGUUUUUCAUCUUCAUAAUAUCCAAUAAACUCAGCAGAAUCGGUUAUAUAAGUUGGAGAAUUGGUGAGGAAUCGGACAAUCGGGUCCCCAUUGGUUGUGAAUCCGACGAAUUCUGCGAGCGGCGUGUCGUUUACGUUACGUUCCGAGAGAUUCCUUACUGUGGUACUAAACUACAGGUUAGUAUCAUGAUGAUAUUCUUUUUCUUGGUAUGCACGUACGCGUCGCUCAAGGACCUGGGGCUGGUGUUGGUAUUCAAGGUCAAGACCGGCCUUGUUUGCGCACCAGCGGCUUCUGGGUCUGAUGACAACGUAGAUGACGAUGACGGGAGCGUGCCAAUAUGCGAAUUAUGUCGCAUCUUGCUGACUUUUCUUGAUGUGCAAUCAUGAAAGAGGUGAAGGAAUCCUGCAAUAACCAAGACAGGGGUGCCUAACGCCAAUGCCCAUGGCCUGAAUUUAUGAUGUCAGCACAACCUCUCUUAAGCAUCGAGCGUAACUUACGGAUGUCUUCGGUCUUGAAGGGUAUGGAACAUUGCGAGAAUUAUACCCACAAUGGCGAUAAGGGAUCCAAUUUGCAUCAUAGUCCAAGUCGACCAAUAUAGCGACAUGAGGUCCUCGCCAUCGCAAAACUGUAGUGCAAGCAGCGCGUAUGCCUCCAUGGUCACAAUAACCGUUGAUACGAGGACACAGAUCGAGCACAACAGAAUGUACUUCUUGAGAGCCGCUGACUUCUUGUGAGAAUUCCCUUGGUAUGUCUCACACGCCUGCUGGCCUCUGCCCCUUUGUUAGCUGCGACAAAACGGAACAGCGCCGAAGCUGGGGACUUACUUUGUAUAAAUCCAGGACGCCAAAAACAAGACGAUGAGAUUUGUUAUAAACAUAAACCAGUAUAUGAUCUUGAACUGCCAUCGCACCAUGUGUGAUGCAAACUGGGCAUAUUUUUUGCAUAGCUCGGGGUUGGGUUCCAUGGUUCGAUAGGGCUGGCGGAUGAGGCUGACUACUCGCUGGCGGGUGAUGGUCACAAAGCGAAGAGCCUUGAUCUAAAUACCAUUCUAGAUUCUCUUUCCAUGAGCAUGAUCGACUAUAUACCCCUUGACAGAAUGAAACCAGGCGGUAUUCGGGUGCAAUAGGAGCAAGCCAAGACGAGGUUUGGGCCUCAAGAUGGCGGCAUGCUACGCAAGCGGAAACACAAGAGGUCUGUUGCCAAGAACGAUCAUCUAUGCUACAUACAGCUUUCACUUCGUACGGAUAAUUAAGCUCUAACAAAUCACAAGGGCAGAAACGACCUCGUUACUAGAUAACGGAUGUCGACUGGUCAGCUCUGCAGUCAGCGUCAUCAUGCACAGAAGGUUUGUUGAACUCUGUUUAGUCUGGAUACCUAGAAGGCAAAAUCUUCUAGCUAACUGCUAAAAAUUGGGAAGAGAAAGAGAUAGGAGUACGAUGAGAUCUACCGCCCUUUCACAGACUGGAUACAGCCUAAUGCUGUGCAAUGCAUGCCAAGAGGACCGGAGGUGACUGCCGCCGGACGAAUGCGCUAGAAACGCUGAGAGCCAAGACAUUAGCGCCAGUCUUACAGUAGGUUAUUUACUGGGGCUGGAAGCAAUAUGGCACUGAUUUUCGGCCGCAAAGCUACUGACAGCGCUCCAGUUGAAGGGAGCCGGUGUUUGCAAUGGCGCUGACCCCCAUCUCUGGAAUUCCCUGUGGUCUUGGCUGUUGAUCUAGAUGACUUGCCAAGAUGUUGGGUGCAGUAAACUAAAAGCUACAUUCUGUUUCAGGACCGUUGAAAUCUACAGCCAAGCAAGGCGUCGUCAGGGCAGAAGCCUCCUAUAUCCAGGACGGCUGAGACAGCGACCUCGCAAACAAUUUGAUUAUCAUUUCCUCCAGCAACAACGAAACCAUGGACGUUGCCCUAAGCACCAACGCACAUAUUUCGUGCAUUGCAUAAUUCUAGGCAGUGUAACGCAAAUAGGGUUUUGUGGGUGACGCUCCUCGAGGAAGUUUGUGCUCCGCCGCGAUGUGUGACGCUGAGGUAUGCUGGCGCCUGCGCAGAGUGCCCAUUGCGGUAUCACUGGGCAGGUUACGCAGAGCGAGGCUAAGUGAGACAGCUUGGCUUGGCAGUCAAAUCUUAAAUCAACGCACGCUGUAUCUUCAUAGGGCGGUGCGCCGUGUGGGCAGAAGUGGUAUGAGCCUAAAUGGGGGCUUACACUGUUUGCGACGCACACUGAGACCUUGGCGCCUGCACAGCCACGGCGGUUGACAACAACUAAGCAGACAAGUAAGAAAGCGAGAUAAGGGAGAGGUUACCAGUCCUCUUGGCCUGUUACCGACAUUACAGAGCUCGUUUCGAAAGGGAUGCAGAGGCUGAGCACGUAUCACCCAAAAGAGUAAUCUCUGUUCGGAAGGGCGGGCGGCUUACCGGCAGCACCAGCUUAGAGAGUGGCCGAUGCGAUCGGAUAGAUGAGCCCAGAUGGCUUCACCCAAAUGGGCUAUUUUGUUAAGUUGGCCCUGAAACAGCCCUAAAGGGACUAAAUGAGGUCCAGGGUACGCUAAAAUGAAUUACUCUUUACAGACAGAAUACGAAAGCGGGAACUGGCUACCGGCCUUUAAACGGCGUCGCUCCCGUCGGAUAUUUUUAAGCCCUCCACUCGACCUGCAAAGACGUCAUUCCACCCCUCCUUCGCCUACAGCCACUAUGAAGUCCGUAGAAGGACCCGGCCUGAGUGACAGAUAGCUACCAAACUCGGCUGUCGUGCUAUUUGGACGCGGGGACAGGUCAGGUGCUAGUUUAAAAUGCUGCCGUGUUUCCAUCCCGGAGUUGGCAAAGGACUUUCUGAGAUGAAUAUACCAACAGCGUGCCCCCCUUCUACAACAAACAGAGCCCCGUCCAUUGUGGAACAAUUGGAUCUUCAUCGAUACUACCUCGGACUCCUUCGCGUAUAAAGGUUGAAUAAAUAGACGGUGUUUCUUUCUUUAAAUGCACAUGCCCUCCUCCGCUUGAUCCGACAAUACUAAACGAUUUGGCAUCUCCAUACUAUUGGAGGUUAUCAGCUUCACGUACAACACAUUACUACCAACAUGGCUGUUACAACAUCAGAAGCCAUAGAUACACAAAAGCCUCUGGCUGGUAAAGUCUUUGCUGUUACCGGUGGCGCGAGUGGCAUUGGGUUUGCGACAGCCAAGAUCCUCUCUGCAAAGGGAGGCGUGGUCUGCGUCGCCGAUGUGGAUGCAAAGGCUAUGAAAGAUGCCGCUGACUAUUUUACCAGCAUCAACGCCGAAUUCAUGAUUGAGAAAGUCGACGUGUCGAAACGGAAAGAGGUGGACGGCUGGAUCCAGUCAAUUGUUGAUAAACACGGGAGAUUGGACGGCGCCGCCAACGUUGCUGGUAUUAUCGGCAAAGACCAUGGCGUUGCCGCCGUGUCAGAGCUAGACGAUGACGAAUGGGACAGGAUUAUCGCUGUAAACCUCACGGGCGCCAUGUAUUGUUUGCGAGCGGAGCUACGAAAUAUUGUCAAUGGCGGAUCUAUUGUUAACGUGUCGUCAAUCCAUGGAAUCAAGGGCUUUGCUAGACAUGGCGCGUACGAUGCUAGCAAACACGGCAUGAUCGGCCUCACAAAAGCUGCAGCUCUAGAGAAUGGAAAUCGAGAAGUGCGCGUCAAUAGUGUGGCACCCGGGGCCAUCUACACGCCGCUGAUGCAGAAGAACUGGGAUGCCAACAACCGACCGAGCGAUGCGCCGUUUGACGAGCCCACAGCGUUUCAGCGACAAGGGACGGCUGAAGAGACAGCCAAUGUCAUUGUAUUUCUACUGAGCCCGGAGAGCAGUUUCGUUAGUGGAAGCGUGUACCAGGUCGAUGGCGCGUGGAUAUAGAGAGGUGUGUAGGUGGGUGACAGGAGGUUAUCUGUUUUUUUUAAUUCCUAUAGAAAGAAGGAUGUAUUAUUUGCAAGGACAGAGAAUCGAGAAUGGAUAAACCCUCGUCAUGCGUUUUCUGUAGUUUUUUGGCAUCUCUACGGUUGCAGCUCUCCAGCUACUUGGGCAUAAAUUUACAGUGCCUG